AUGGGUGCUUUCUCUGGUUUUCCUCUUCUUUUCCUUCUCCCUCUUUGCCUCACUCCGUUUGCUUUUGGAGCCACUUUGCCACAAGAUGAAGUGAAAGCUCUGAGAGACAUAGGAAACAUAAUUGGGAAGAAGAAUUGGGACUUCAGCGUAGAUCCAUGUAGUGGAAAGAGUAAUUGGACAUGGUCCUUUCAAUUGCAAGGUUCACAAACACAAAAUGGUGUCACUUGCAAUUGUUCCUUUCUCAAUCACACUGUUUGUCAUGUCGUUGCCAUCGUUUUAAAAGCACAAAAUCUUUCGGGUACUGUCCCACCGGAGCUUGUCAGGUUGCCUUAUCUCCAAGAAAUUGACUUCACCCUCAACUACCUUAAUGGUACAAUUCCUAAACAAUUGGGAACCUUAAACCUUGUCAACAUUUCCUUUUAUGGAAACCGUCUAACUGGUCCAAUCCCAAAGGAGCUUGGAAACAUCACCACUCUCAAAAGUUUGGUAUUGGAGUUCAAUGAACUAUCUGGAAAUCUUCCUCCAGAGCUUGGGAAUCUUAUUCAGAUUGAAAGACUGCAUCUAACCUCCAACUAUUUCACUGGAGAGUUACCUGCAACAUUGGCUAGGCUCACAACAUUGAAGCAUGUUCGUAUUGGUGGCAAUCAAUUCUCUGGAGCAAUACCCAAUUUUAUACAGAGCUGGAUAAAUCUCGAGCUACUUGUGAUGCAAGGGAGUGGUUUGAGUGGGCCAAUUCCUCCUGGCAUUUCAAUUUUGAGAAACCUUACUGACCUGAGGGUUACUGACUUGAAUGGAUCUGUUUCGUCAUUUCCACAACUUAAUAAUAUGACGAAUUUGGAAAUACUAAUAUUGAGGAGUUGCAACAUUAUUGGAUCCUUACCUGAGUAUCUUGGAAACUUGACUACUUUGCAAGUAUUAGACCUUAGCUACAAUAAAUUAAGUGGACCAAUUCCGAUCAGUUUUGAUGGCCUUCAAAACUUGAAUAUUCUAUUUUUAGAUGGGAAUCUUCUCACUGGAUCACUGCCUCAGUGGAUAGAUAAACCUGACUCUUUUCGCAACACAAUUUUCUUUAGUCGCACUCUUCAAAAGGACAUGAAACUUGAAAACCUAUCACUACCUGCAGGAGUAAACAUUACCAUGCCAAUAUUUUUGAUUCACCUUGAUGCUGACAUCUGGGGUGAUGAUGCCAAGGAGUUCAAACCUGAAAGGUUCUCUGAAGGAAUUGCUAAGAUGAGACUUUUUGGAAACAACUUAGGAAAUAUUUCAUGUUUGUCAAACAUUCAGUGUCCGAAAACUACGUAUUCUCUCUAUAUAAAUUGUGGUGGAAACUUUGUAACUUCUGGUGGAAAUAAGACAUAUGAUGAUGAUUCGAGUGAGACUGGACCAGCAAGAUUUCAUUACCCUGGAACGACCUGGGCACUUAUCAACACUGGUUAUUUCUUUGAUAGCAAUGCCAACUACUACACUUGGACUAAUACAACUAAGCUUUCAGUGGACACUGUUGAACUGUACAAGGAUGCACGUGUUUCUCCAAAUUCUUUGACCUAUUAUGGAUUUUGCUUGGGAAAUGGAAACUACACAGUAAAUCUCCAUUUUGCAGAAAUAAUGUUUACCGAUGAUAAAACAUAUAGCAGCCUUGGAAGGCGUGUAUUUGAUAUCUACAUUCAGAGAAAGUUGGUGGUUAAGGAUUUCAAUAUUGCAAAAGAAGCAGGGGGAGUUGGUAAGGCAAUCAUUAAAAGUUUCACAGCUGUUGUGACUAGUAAUGCCUUGGAGAUCCGAUUAAAUUGGGCAGGGAAAGGAACCACUUCCAUUCCAUUUGGAUCAGUAUAUGGUCCUCUUAUAUCAGCUAUAUCUGUUGAUCCUAACUUUAGACCACCACCGGAACCAUUGGAAAGUGGUAGUAGCAUAUCUAUAGGGGUUAUGGUUGCAAUUGUGGUUGCUGGAGCAGUUGUUAUCAUCUUGGUAUUUGGUAUACUGUGGUGGAAAGGUCUCUUAGGAUGGAAAAGAUCAGUGCCCGGAGAACUAAAGGAUUUAAAAUCGCAAACUGCUUUGUUUACCCUGCGACAAAUCAAGGCAGCAACAAAUAACUUUGACAAAGCCUUCAAGAUUGGAGAAGGAGGGUUUGGUCCUGUUUACAAGGGCAUACUGUCAGAUGGCACUGUAGUAGCAGUUAAGCAGCUUUCUACUAAGUCAAGGCAAGGGAAUCGUGAAUUUAUUAAUGAGAUAGGCCUGAUUUCUGCUUUGCAACACCCUUGUUUAGUUAAGCUCUUUGGCUGUUGUAUGGAGGAUGAUCAACUGUUACUGAUAUAUGAAUACAUGGAAAACAAUAGUCUUGCUCGUGCUUUAUUUGCCAAAAGUGAUGACCCUGAGAAAUGUGAAUUGAAAUUGGAUUGGCAAACAAGACAGAGGAUAUGUGUUGGUAUUGCUAAAGGCUUGGCUUACCUUCAUGAAGAGUCAAGAUUGAAGAUUGUUCAUAGGGAUAUCAAGGCCACUAAUGUAUUGCUUGAUAAAGAUCUCAACCCUAAGAUAUCUGAUUUUGGUUUAGCCAAGCUCAAUGAUGAGGACAAAACCCAUUUGAGCACCAGAAUAGCUGGCACUUAUGGAUACAUUGCUCCUGAGUAUGCAAUGCAUGGUUAUUUGACGGACAAGGCAGAUGUUUAUAGUUUUGGAAUUGUUGUGUUGGAAAUUGUUAGUGGUAUGAGCAACACCGUUAGCCAGCCGAUAGAAGAAUGCUUCUCUCUCCUUGAUUGGGUUCAUGUCUUGAAAGAUAAAGGUAGUCUAAUGGAGUUUGUGGAUAAGAGGUUGGGUGAAGAGUUCAACAAAAGGGAGGCAAUGGUGAUGAUCAAUGUAGCUCUUUUAUGCACCAAAGUCUCCCCAUCGCUGAGGCCCACCAUGUCUUCAGUGGUAAGCAUGCUUGAAGGAAGAACACCUAUUCAAGAGAUGAUGUCAGACACAAAAGAGGUAUUGGAUGAUAAGAAAUAUGAGAUGAUGCGACAAUAUUACCAACAUAGAGGAGAAAAUAAUAUAGUUGAGUCUCAGAGCCAAAGUGUCCCUACAGAGAAAUCCUCGGCACUUAUAUCUGAUACCGGUUCUUCUCGAGGGGUAAUUAGUAGUUAGAGAAACUAGGGAUUAAUAUCUUGCCAUUGGUUUAUGUAUAUUUAGUGUUUGGUUCAACUUGUGUAACAAAAAUCAUUAUUUUUUCAAUUUUUGAAAAUUUUUUUUAAAGAAAAAGCAAUUAGUUUCGUAUUCCUGGUA